AGUAGGUAAUCAUUUAGAUUUUUAGCACGUGUUGAAUUUGUAACUAGAAAAUAGAAAUACGAGUGAAAAAGUUAAAAUAUAACUAAGGCACUUGGCUCUGUAUAAGCUUAGAAUUAAUAUUUUUAUAAAGUAACUUUAGCACAAGUAUGGGUGUCAUUCAGAGAAUAAAGAAACCUACAACACGCAAAGGUAAAAAGGUUUUGCAGUCGAAAGAGCCUAAACCCAUUGAAGGACCAAAACAAUGUAUAUUCCUUCAAGCGCGCAACCCAUCAGAAAGAGCCAGAAAAGUAUUGAAAGAUAUCUAUAACUUAAAAAAACCAGACGCCGCGUAUCUUAGCCGUAAAAACGAUUUUGUCCCAUUUGAAGAUGCAACACUAAUUGAAAAAUUAUGUUAUAAAAAAGAAGCUGCACUGUUUGGUAUAAGUUCACAUUCAAAGAAAAGACCUCACAAUAUUGUUUUAGGCAGAACUUUUGAUUAUGGAGUACUGGAUAUGAUAGAAUUAGGGGCUGAUAACUUCAAAGCAAUGUCAGAGUUCCACAACAUGAAAGUCUUAGCUGGUGUCAAACCCUGCCUGCUUUUCAAUGGCCCUGCAUGGGAUCUGAAUCAGGAUUUGAAGAGAAUCAAAUCUUUGUUUGUUGACUUCUUUCACAGAGAAAAGAUUGAAAGCAUAAGACUACAAGGCUUGGAACAUGUUCUUAGCUUUACAGCUUCUGACGAUGGUAUAAUAUAUCUGAGGUCAUAUAGAAUACUAUUAAAGAAAAGUGGCCAACGAACCCCGAGGGUAGAGCUUGAAGAAAUUGGUCCAUCAAUUGAUUUUAAACUCAGGAGGACUCGAUUGGCAGCAGAUGAAUUAUUCAAGGAAGCUUGCAAAGUACCCAAGGAAUUGAAACCACUUACAAAGAAGAAUAUUUCAAGAGAUGCCUUCGGAAGCAAACUUGGUAGAGUACAUAUUGGUAAACAAGAUAUUAAGAGAUUACAGACAAGGAAGAUGAAGGGCUUGAAAAAGACAGCAGAAGAAAAGAAAGAAAUGUUAUUAAAGAGGAAAAAGGCAAGAAAGGAUGCAAAAAGCUUCCAAGCAACUGUAUAACAAUAAAUUAUAACUUUAAAUACAA